AUGCAAACAGGACUUGCUUGUUUCACUUUUCUUUUACUUUGGACUCAAACAGUAGCUGGUAGAACAUACUAUGUAACGAAAUCUGGCAAGGAUACCAAUGCAGGAACGAGUGAGACAUCUGCUUGGUUAACAGUUCAAAAAGCUGCGAAUUCAGCAACACCCGGAUCCACGGUUUACAUUGGUCCUGGAACGUAUUAUGAAACAGUAACAGUCAAUGUACAAGGAAAUGCCCGAGAUGGACUAAUUACAUUCGCUAGCUUGAUCUUUGAUAAGCCAGCAGUGAUAUCUGGCAAACAGGCUAAAACAGAAUCUGCUGAUGGCACCAUGAACAUAAUUUUUAUUCAAGAGAAAAGCUAUUUGCGCUUUGUCAAUUUAGAAUUGACAGAUUUGAAAGCAGUAGAAUGUAGUGGUGUGAGAAUUACUGGUGCUGGAACCAAUGUUGAACUUCGAGGUUUGCACAUUCAUGAUAUUCGUGGCGGUGGACAGAGCGGUGGAGCAAUGCCAAUCACGGUUUACAAUAAAGAUCAAACGGCAAGUCGACGACAAGUGAUCGUUGAUAGUUGUAUACUCCAUGAUUGCGAGCCAGCGUGGAGUGAAGCUUUGACUUUCAAUGGAAAUAUUGAAGAUUUUCAAGUAACGAACAACAAAGUGUAUAACAUGAACAACAUUGGAAUCGAUUUCAUUGGUGGAGAAAGCUUCCUCGGUGCUCUUGGAGUACGAAAUGGUCUCUGUGCUUAUAACCUCGUGUGGAACAUUCACUCCGUCUAUGAUAGUAGUUCAGCGGGUAUCUAUGUUGAUGGAGCAUCGAAUGUCACUAUCGAAUCUAACGAAGUACACCAUUCGGACAUGGGGAUCGAAGUUGGCGCAGAGAAUAAAGGUCGAGUGGCUUCAAAAAUGACUGUUCGGAAUAAUUAUCUUCAUCACAAUGACAAAUAUGGCUUAGCUUUUGGCGGAUAUGAUUCUCAACGUGGUCAAGUCACCAAUAGUUUAUUUAUAAAUAAUCGUCUUGAACAGAACGAUGUACGUCUUACCGGUGGUGGAGAAAUUUCAAUCUCAUUUGCUUCGGGCAAUGUAGUCUAUGGUAACACGAUAAGACCAAACUCACAAAAUGUAAUUCUACUUGCCAGCCAAGAAGGUGGUUUGAAUAAUCAAUUUGACUAUCAAAAGUACUAUCCGAAUGGUCAAGGUGCUACCAAAGAAAGUCUUAUCUUCUUUUGGGGAAACACGGAGUAUGAUGGUUUGACUUCCUUUCAACAGAAUACCAAACAAGAAAUGCAUGCAGAACUCGGCGUUAGCAAACGUGCCUUUGGACGUAAACGCUUUUUUCUAUAA